AUGGAAGUUUUUGAUGAAAUGUAUUAAAAUUUAAAGAUAUUACAUUCAACUACUAUUGAUGGAUCUGUAAUUUGUGAUGUCAAUCUAAAAGUUAAUAAAAUUGCUAUCAUAAUUGGAACUUAAAAAUAAUAAAACUCUAAAAUACAAAAUCCAGUCCUUCAUAUUUAUUCAGCUUUAACAGCUGAAAAAGAACGAGAAUUUGUUUUACCUGUUGAUUAUUUAAGAUCACUUAAGUUUUCUUAUAGUGGAUAAUUUUUAAUUGCAUAUGGUUUAACAUGUGAUAUAAUAGUGAUAAAUAUUAAUGAUGAAAAUCAAAAAUUAAAAGUAUUAAAAGGACAUUCAUAUUUUGUGGAAACUAUUCAUAUACAAAAAUCAGAAAAAUUGUUUGUAUCUGCAGCAUCUUUUGAUAAUUUAUGUCUUUGGAGUUUGGAAGAGUUUAAAUUAUUAUAAAAGAUUUCCACUCAAUAAGAAUAACAAGCUGAAAUUUAUGCUAUAGCUUUAUCAUAAUCUAAUUAUUUUAUUGCUUUAGCUACUUCAGAUGAAAAAUUAACAAUAUGGAAUUAUAAAUCAAGUUCAAUAACAAAAUCAUUUUAAUUUAAAGAUGGUCUUAAUUAUUUAGAAUAUCCUAAUUAAAGUAAUAAUCUACUUUUUGCUUAUAGAAAAGCUUCAAACUCUUUAAUCUUAUUGAAUGUUGCAGUACCAAUCAUAUUAAGAUAAUUGGAACUCUUUUCAGUUAGAUUAGUCAAUAUUGAUUUUAUAUAUGAUUCUAAUAUAAUCGCAAUUUCACAAAACAAUCUUUUUUUAAAAUAAGGAUGUAUAUCAUUAUGGGAUUGGUAAAAAGGAAAUUUAUUAUUUAAAUAGAAUUUAGAUGAUUCAGUCAUAAUUUUAAAGGCUCUUGAGAAAAAUAAAGUCUUAAUAACAAAAGAUAAACAUACAAUUAAAUUUUGGAUGAAUAAGCAAUGA